AUGCUUCUAAGAACCUCAUAUUCUCACACCAAAAACUUCUUAAAAAAGACCAUACAAAGCUUAAAAUCCUACAUUUCAGGAGGCUACCAAAGACUACCAAAAACCCCACCAUGCAACCCUUAUUCAUGCACCCGCAACGGUGGUUGCGUCGGAAUAAAUGCAACCCACUUCAACGCGAACCUAACCAUCAAAAGAACCGGUAGCAUGAAGCUUAAAGUACCAAACUUGACCCUCAAGAGUCAAGAAAACAAGAAGUUGUAUCAUGGGAAAGAUGAGUCAUCAAAGUGUUUGGUCACAAGAAAACUUAAGGAGUUGGAGAUGAUGGAUGAAACUGAUGUUGAUCUUGUUGUUGAUAUCGAAGAGGUUCUUCGCUACUAUUCUCGAUUAACAUGUCCGAUUUAUCGCGACAUUAUCGACAAGUUUUUUGUGGAUGUGUACUCCGGGACAUUUUAUCUUUCUCGUGUUGAGAAUUUAGUGUCAACAAAACGAUUGAUUAAAAUUUAA